AACAGAACUGCAGAAAAAAUUCACGAUUAGUGAGCAAUUCCAGAAAUCGCAAAAUAGGGCUGAAAAGCGACAAAAACUCUGCAAAUCAGACCCCUUCUCUCUGCCAUUGCCAUUGUUGAAUCAUCAACUUAGUUAGUUUGCUAGUACAUCCCAAAAUAGCAAAUAAAUUUGAAUGAUUGCUACUGCAAAAUCCAUUCUCCGCCAAUCUCUUUUCUAUUCUCACACUACACUUCAAUGUCGAAAAUCCCUAAUUUCUGCCAUAUCUACCACCUCAACCUCUCUCGAUGGCGGAAAACCCCUUUCUACAUCCAGCAAUUCCAAAGACGACUAUUUCGCCGCCAUUCACCACAUCUCCACCAUUGUUCGUCGCGAUAUUUACCUUGAAAGAACCCUAAAUAAGCUUAAAAUUACCAUUACUAAUGAACUUGUUUACCGCGUUCUUCGUAGCUGUUCUAAUUAUGGAAUUCAAUCAUUUCGCUUCUUUAAUUGGGCGAGAUCUCAUUCUAUCUCCUCUUAUUCUCCUACUACGAUUGAAUACGAGGAGCUUAUCAAAACCCUAGCGAAAACUCAACAUUGGGAAACAAUGUGGAAGGUUCUUAAUCAAGUCCAUAGAGAAUCUUCGUUGAUUAUUUCUACUGAGGUAAUUGAGUUUAUUAUCCGUGAAUAUGGUACUAAAGGUUUUGUUGAUGAAGCUGUCCAUGUUUUCAAUUCUUGUCCUAAGGUUUUUAAAAUUGAACAAACUGUUGGUGUUUAUAAUUCCUUAUUGUUUGCUUUAUGUGAGGGGAAGAAUUUUUAUGGUGCUUAUUCUUUAAUUAGGAGGAUGAUUAGGAAAAGGAUUAUUCCUAACAAGGAGACUUAUUCUGUUCUUGUUAAUGCUUGGUGUAAGAAUGGAAAGAUGAGAGAAGCUCAGGAGUUUUUGGAGGAGAUGAGUAGAAAAGGGUUUAAUCCACCUGUUCGAGGUCGGGAUUUGUUGAUUGAUGGGUUGUUAAAUGCUGGGUAUAUCGAGAAUGCUAAGAAUUUGGUUAGGAAGAUGUCGAAAGAAGGAUUUGUUCCAGAUAUUAGGACAUUUAAUUCAUUGUUAGAAGUGAUUUGUAAGUCGGGGCAGGUUGAGUAUUGUAUUGAAUUGUUUAAUGAUGUUUGCAAAAUGGGGCUUUGUCCUGAUAUCGAUUCAUAUAAGAUUAUGAUUCCCAUUGUUUCUAAGUUGAAUAAAUUGGAUGAGGCAUUUCGUUUAUUACAUUGCUCAAUUGAAAAAGGCCAUAUGCCAUUUCCGAGUUUAUAUGCGCCUAUCCUUAAGGCGUUGUGUAGGGUUGGUCAGUUUGAUGAUGCAUUUAGCUUUUUCAGUGAUAUGAAGGUUAGAGGGCAUCCACCUAACAGGCCAGUUUACACAAUGUUGAUUAGGAUGUGUGCUCGUGGAGGUAGAUUUGUUGAGGCUGCAAAUUACUUGGUUGAGAUGACUGAGAGGAACUUACCACCUUUAUCAGGAAGCUUUGAUAUGGUCACUGAUGGGUUAAAGAAUUGUGGGAAGCAUGAUCUGGCAAAAAGGAUGGAGCAAUUAGAAGUGUCUCUAAGAGGUGUUUGAUUAUGUCAGUUGAUGGAUGAGGUCAUGAGCAUGUUUUCGUGGGGCUUAAUCAUGUAAGAAAGUUACUAUUUCAUGAUGGGUUAAAGAAUUGUGGGAAGCUCAUAAUGCUUGCGGACAACCGAGUUGUGGCAUUCUGCACAAAGAGGCUUAUUCAUGGUAAAAAAGUUACAAUUUCAUCACUCUCCCUCUUAUUGUUCCUUUGAAUCUUGUAAGCCUCAUGUUUUUGCUAGUAGGCAUCGAAUUUUGUGUAUGGGGCCUUAAGUGUUUAAUGUGUUUCGUUGUUAUGACAAGGCUAUGGCUUAGUAAAACUGACCUUAUCAAAUCUUGCCAAGAUUAGCAUUGGGUAAUGGGAUAGCUUUUGGCGCCUUGAACAUGAAUGUGAAACAUCCUGCAAAUCUUUAAUAAUGUUGAGGUUCUCUUUUCACUAGCACGUUUUAACAAUAUAUUCAUGUUAAAGACCAAAGUGCCUCGUUUGCAUAAUAUUGAUCUAAGUCACAAAGUGAAGAUUUACAUGUUUUAUUUGAUCGCCUAGUAUGAGGUAUGUGAUUUCUGUUACUUUCCUGAGGGUGCAGCCGAGCUUAUUGAGCAGUUUCCCAACUCCUUAGGAGGUGUUUAGCACAAGGGAAUAGGACUUGUGAGACUUUAAUUUUUGAGAUUUUUAAGAUGAGACUUUUUUUGGCAAAAAUUUCUUAUAUUAGAAACGAAUGUGGAAGCGUGAGCCUAAAGCCCUAAAGUGGCACGAAAGGUUGAAGACCAUGACUUGAAGGUGCACUAAUGAAAAAUGGUUAUAUACAAGUAUUAAGGUAAGGAUAAAUGGGAGGCUCAAGCUUUGUAGAGAAUUAAAGACGGUAUGGUAAGGAUAAAUGGGAGGCUCAAGCUUUGUAGUUUGGCUUUACUUCUACAAAAAUAUGGCAAUAUAUAUACAUAGGCAAAGGGUGACAAAUGGGGCAGCUUUCGAAGCAAGGCAGCAGUAGGCGAAAAAGACAGAACAACAGGCUGUAUCCUGCUAGACCUUGGCUCGGUUGAGUGAGCUGGGGUAGUAAGCCUCUGUCUUCUUUUACGUGAUUCAACAGUCCCCUAUGCUCUGAUAGCUUAUUCUAGCUGUUCUGGGGUACUUUAUUGCCGUGAUGAUCAAUUGCAGGCCCAUGUGAAACAUUUCAGAGGUUUGAUUUAUGCACACAAUUGGUGUGUAUUCAUGACUUGGAGUUCCUUUUACCACUCAUAAUAAUACAUGCUUAAGUUCUAGUAAUCACUUUGUUACUUCUAACCUUUAAACCUACACUCUUCUACACAAGAGUCAAGUCACACACUCUUUCAUUCUUCACCUUGACAAUAAAGAUGACCUUUAACAAAACACAAAUCCCACGACACUCCAAAGAUCACUUAACUAAAGGCACCAAAGCAUAUUCACCAAAUACUUACGCAUUAAGAUGACCCCAUGAAAAAGUCUUAGAAAGACCCAAACGGAGUACACACCAAAAGACUUACAAAGUCUUGCAAAAUCAACCAAGAACACCAUGAACUUGUUGAUUGGAAAUUGGAAUAAAAAGAAACACCUUUUGCUCAAACAACAAAUUUGCCUCAAGUUGUGGUUCUUUAACAAAACAAGAUACUUGGAUUAAGUUUGCGGAAACAUGAAUGCCAACAAUUAUGAGCAUGGUGCCAAACAAAAUGUUUACAUAAUAAUUGGUUCCAUCGAUGUUUAUAAUGAACCGGUCGCUAUCAUCAUAACUCUACCUUCACCAAUGUAUCAUCAAACCCACUUAAACAUACUAGUACCAAGGGACAUUAAGUUAUCUCAAAUGUGGGGAUAUAAAGCGGUUUUGAAACCUUAGAGUCAAAUCAUAACCACCCUUGUACUCAAAUAUAAAAUAAGAGCAACCAACUUCAUCACAAAAUCAUUAACAUGAUUAACAUAAGCAUUUUAAACAUGCUUAUCAUUAAACACAACUAGCUUGGCAUAACUAGUGCUAGACUUAUAAUUAAACAUAAAAAAUAUGGUCACCAAAAAAUAAUUAUCAAGUCAUGAUUUUUGUUCAAAUAUUGCCAUAAAAAAAAUCUAUCCAUUAAUCUUCUUACAAGCACGCC